AUGGGAUCCGCUCUGCUGAUGCACAACCUGGACUUCCUGCUCAUCUCACUACUCAGCACUUUGUGCCUGUCCAGUGAUGCAUCUCUGUGCACAGAUCCCAGCAGCAUGUCAGAAGGCUGCAGGAUGAGCAGCUUUGUUGCAAUAACCAUUGUAAUGUUUGCAUCAGAGGACGAUGGAGUCUAUGCUGAUGACGUGCUCACUAAGGAGGAACAGAUCGGCCUGCUGUUCAGAGCCAAACAGAAGUGUGAGGAGAACAUCAAGUCCAAGCAUAAAAUUCCUGAAGGUUACUGCUCACCAGAGUGGGAUGGGAUUGUUUGUUGGCCUGAAGGAGCUCCGGGAAAACUUGUAUCCACCUCCUGUCCAGAGUACAUCUACGACUUCAACCACAAAGGGCUCGCAUACCGUCGAUGUGACAACAAUGGAACAUGGGAACUGGCUGCCCCCAACAAGACAUGGGCUAAUUAUAAUGAAUGUGCAAAAUUCCUCUACCAUUACAACCACAGCCAUGAAAAGGAGGUCUUUCACCGUCUGUAUCUCAUUUACACUGUGGGCUACUCCAUCUCUUUGGGAUCACUCAUGGUGGCUGUGCUCAUCUUGGGAUAUUUCCGACGGUUACACUGCACCAGGAACUACAUCCACAUGCAUCUGUUUGUGUCCUACAUGCUAAGAGCUAUCAGCAUUUUCGUGAAAGAUGUUGUGCUCUACUCUGGAUCGGCCUUGGAAAACAUGGAAAGAGUCACAGUGGAAGACCUCAAGUCUAUCACUGAGGCACCGCCAGCCAACAAAACACAGUUUAUUGGCUGCAAGGUGGUUGUGACCUUGUUCAUGUACUUCUUGGCGACCAAUUACUACUGGAUCCUGGUGGAGGGACUGUACCUACACAGUCUCAUCUUCAUGACCUUCUUCUCAGACAGAAAGUACCUUUGGGGAUUCACUCUGAUUGGAUGGGGAGUACCAGCUAUGUUUGUGACAGUCUGGGCAACUGUGAGAGCAGCCUUUGCAGACACAGAGUGCUGGGACUUGAGUGCAGGCAAUUUGAAAUGGAUCUAUCAAGUGCCUAUCCUGGCAGCCGUCGUGGUCAAUUUUAUCUUAUUUUUGAACAUAAUUAGAGUGUUGGCAACCAAGCUACGAGAAACAAAUGCUGGAAGGUGCGACACAAGACAACAGUACAGGAAACUUCUGAAGUCCACGUUGGUGCUGAUGCCGCUCUUUGGGGUGCACUACAUCAUAUUCAAUGCCAUGCCGUACACAGAAGUCUCUGGAAUUCCCUGGCUGAUCCAGAUGCACUAUGAGAUGCUGUUUAACUCUUUCCAGGGUUUCUUAGUGGCAAUUAUAUACUGCUUCUGCAACGGAGAGGUGCAAGCUGAGAUCAAAAAGUCAUGGAGCAGGAGAACUUUGGCUCUGGACUUCAAAAGAAAAGCUCGGAGUGGUAGUAACACGUACAGCUAUGGACCUAUGGUGUCACACACCAGCGUUACUAACGUCACCGCCAGGGGGCCACAUGCCCUCCACCUCACCACCAGGCUGGGCCCCGUGCCUGUGAAUGGGCACAGGAAUCUUCCCGGGUACGUAAAGAACGGCUCGGUCUCUGAGAACUCCAUACCUUCAUUGGGACAGGAGCUCCACCUGCCUGAUGAGGAGCAUUCUGCAGCCACGCGGCCCUGCGAGGAUGAGAAACCCUCCCCCGUGGUUGAGGAGGAGAGGGAGACAGUCAUGUAAACUUCAGGCCACUUGGGAUGCAUAAAAAGGAAACUGUUCCGUACGGAUAGCUUCAUCACACUGCCAGUUUUUCUCUCCUGUGAAGUGAGCCAGAACAUUGCCGCAUGAUGAGGCUUAUGUCCCUAAAAAGGGAUGUUUCACUUC